GUAAGGAUGAGAGACAUAUUAAGAUUUAUGCCUAAGAUUGCACCUGUAAUUCAAUGUAUCACUUCAAGGUAUAAUUGGCCCGCCAAGAAACUCUAUAAACGCCUGUUACAAUUAGGUUCUCAAAGCUUACUUCCUCGUGGAGAUGGCGAUGACCAACAUUAUCUCGGCGUAGAUGGCGCACUUGAUCCCUGGUUAGCGAAACUUUGGGAAGUGUUAAUGGAGAAAUAUCCAUUGCCGCAAAAUAUGGAAGUGCUUCCCGAUGAUGUUUUAUUAUAUCCUUCACCUUUACAUGAUGAUGCCUUUGUCGACUGUCUUGUUGACACCGAGACAAUUCGAGUCUUUGAGGGUGACUAUGUCAAAGCACGUUUGGUUAAAAAUGAGCGUGUCACUGCACACGAUCAUUUCCAAGACGUUCGUCACAUCGAAUUAGACAUCGACGAUCCUAGUUUAAACUUCAAUCCUGGUGAUGUUGCUGUUCUCUAUCCAAAGAAUCUUCCUGAAGAAGUAGACGAAUUUCUCGAAUUGAUGAAUCUAUCCGAUAUCGCGGAUGAUGCUUUCGUUCUCGUGCCUAAUGAUGAAGAUCGCAAAGUACCUCCUCAUUGGAAUACAACAUUGACUUUGAGGAUUCUCUUUGAAAAUUACUUGGAUAUCUUUAGCACUCCUCGUAGAUCAUUCUUCGAAUACCUGUCAUUUUUUACGACAAACGAGGAUCAUACCGAAAAGUUGAGAGAAUUUUGUUCUGCAGAAGGUCAAGAUGAUUUAUACGCGUACAAUCAACGUGUUAGACGUACGAUAGCCGAGGUUCUUCAAGACUUCUCUUCGGCAAAAAUACCAUUGGAAUAUGUACCCGACAUAUUUCCAGCAUUACAGCCCCGACAAUUUUCAAUAUCAUCCUCUUUAGAAGUUUACCCGAGACAAGUUCAUCUGACAGUUGCUAUAGUAAAAUAUAAGACCCGAUUGCAGAAGCUUAGGACAGGUGUUUGUACAAAAUGGCUAUCAGGCCUGAGACCAGAGUGCUCUAUUCCAAUUCAACUUACGCGUGGUACAAUGAAACUACCUACUUCAACAUCUACCCCAGUCGUUCUUAUUGGCCCAGGGACUGGAGUUUCUGUCAUGCGAGCUUUUCUGCAAAAACGUAUAUCAGAUGGCGCGAUAGGUUUGCAAAUGCAUUAUUAUAGGAAUUUUUCGAUUUUUAACAACAAAAAUGAUUAUUAUUAUAAAGAAGAAUGGGAUAAAUACGUUAGUGACGGACAAUUAAAAGUGUUUGUGGCAUUCUCCAGAGAUCAGGAAGAAAAAAUUUAUGUCCAAAAUGUCCUCAAAGAAAACGCACAACUGGUGUGGGAGAUUGUUCAUGAGAGGAGAGGAAACGUAUAUGUUUCCGGGAAGUCCGACAGGAUGCCAACAGAUGUCAUUAAUGCUUUCAAGUCAAUAUUUAUUUCCGAAGGCGGAAUGACCAAUGAGGGCGCUGAUAACUAUAUAACCUCACUCGAAAGAACAGGAAGAUAUCAACAAGAAGUCUGGUGA